UGAACAUUGACUUUAGCUAACAGAAAAAAUAAAAAUUGUAAUGGAAACUUAAAAUUCUUGAUAAAAUGGGAUUAUUUCAGAAACUAGCUCAUUUUCUUGGCGUGAAGAAAAGGGAAGUUAAUGUUCUUGUUGUGGGUCUUAACAAUAGUGGAAAAUCAACAGUAGUGAACAAGUUCAAAAAUGAGGAAGAAAGAGUCGCAGAAAUUGUGCCUACAGUGGGUUUUUCUAUAGAAAGAUUCCAAAAUCAAAACCUUGCAUUCACUGCAUUUGACAUGUCAGGUCAUGGGCGCUACAGAGACUUGUGGGAGCACUAUUACAAAGACUGCAAUGGAAUAAUAUUCGUCAUAGACAGCAGCGACAGAUUAAGACUCGUUGUAGUAAAAGAAGAACUCGAUCUUUUACUGCAACAUCCAGACAUAUGCAACAGAAAAAUACCCAUCUUGUUUUUUGCCAAUAAAAUGGAUAGCAAAGAAGCGCUUAGUAGCGUUAAGAUAGCCGCUGCACUAGGUUUGGAUAGAAUAAUGGAUAAACCUUGGCAUAUUUCGGCUAGCAAUGCACUGACGGGUGAAGGACUGCAGGAGGGUGUGGAGUGGCUGACGCAGCAAAUAAGGGAAUUAAUUCUUACGAGAAAUUAAGAUUAGGAAUACAAUAUAGUAGGGUUUAAAAUAAUUUCCAAUAUAAUUUGUACUUUUGUUU